UUUAACCAGGACUUUCCUAAAAGGACAAGACAAGACAAGGGAGAGUAAUACAUCUCAUACAGAUUUAGGAGGAACAGACUUGUCCUGAAAUCUUCUCAGAUGUCACGGAACCUGCUUUGAGCGGUUGUCGUCUGCCCAGAUGCAUUUGCGACUCCUUGUCAUAUUAACUCUGAUCAGCAAUGCAAUGAUGAUGUUAACUCCGACGGCGAGAAAAGACAGUGGCAUCAAGGACGCUUCUGAGGUUUGCAGGAACUGUCAGGAGUGCUCGCAUGAUAACGGCUGCCUGCGCUGCCCAGAGAAGCUGUUCCUGUUCCUCCGGCGAGAGGGUGUGUGGCACCACGGCUCCUGCCUGCACUCCUGUCCAGCGGGACACUAUGGCGUGCGCGGCCGGGGCGUGAACCGCUGCAUGAAAUGCAAAGCCCCCAGUUGCGAUUCGUGCUUCAGCAGAGACUUCUGCACAAAAUGCAAACCAGGGUUCCAGCUGUUUAAAGGAAAGUGCUUGCACAACUGUCCAGAAGACACAUAUCCAGAUUUAACAGACUGCUUAGAGGACUGUCAGUUGCAGCCUUGGAGCGAAUGGACUGCCUGCAGACGAAAAGGUUUGAGCUGUGGCUACAGGUGGGGGAGGCAGAGCAGGAGCAGGCAAAAGUCACCCCUCUGUCCAGCUCAGAGUGAAAAUAGGAAAUGUCCGAUGCAAAAGAGAUGCCCGGGAGAGCGACGGGAGGCAGAAAAGAAGUGUGAGAGAAAGACGAGGGGGAAACGGAGGAAUCUAUGCAAGGAUGAAAUGGUGACAGACGCACCAGAGGCUCCCAAAAGACACGCGCAAGGAAAGGAGGACGGCCAAGUGCAGCAGCAGAUCCGACUUUGACUCACGAGACUCGUGUCGACGCGGGAAUUCCAUCCUGUUCACAGGAAAAUGCUUGUGAUGGUGAAGAAAAUGAAAGAUAAAAAAAAACAAUAAAGAACAGAUUGCCAUCAGUUAAAUUAUCAUUCUCAAUUACAUCUAUUUAUUGUAUAUAUGAAUGGCCCAGAAUGCAAAGGAUGUUUAGCAUCAAAUACAAGUGACACAAAUUUAAGCUAUUGCCAUAUGAUUGUUUUUAAUAAUUAAAGAUCUCAUUGGUUUUAAAAGUGUAACACUUAGUCAUAAUGGUGAUGCAAGGAAAUAACUAGCAAAUAACAUGGUCACCAUACACAUUGAUAUGUUCGUACUCAAAUCAUUAACACUAACUUCUUCAAUGCGCUGAUUUGCGGAUUAUGGAUUUUUCUCACGUGACCCUUGGUCCCCAGAAAGCAGCUGAAGUGCUUCUCUUUGAGGGUCCUCCUCUACCCCAUAGCACAAAUAACAGCUUUCAUUUUGUAUUCUCUGUUUUUGUCCAGCUACAGGCUUAGAGUGGUUCAUGUUAUUUUAAAUAUAUUAUAAUAAAAAAUUAGAAGUACUGUUACUAGGUAAAAUGCAUCAACAGACAUUAAACAAUUUUAAGAUCAGAAAUUAUAUGUAAUGUUCUUUGUUGACAAUAAAACAAAGAAUUGCUUUUAACCUAAA